AUGAACACGGUCCCGGGCUUGAGCUCGGCGCUCAAGAGCUACGAGUCGGACAAAUCCACGGAGCGCACCCGUGGCCUCGCGGAGCUGCGCGAAAUCUUCAGCAACCGCGAGAACGUCGAUCAGUUCAACAAAGGCGCGUCGAAGCACGGUGGCGAGGGCUGGGUCAGUUUCUUCCAGUGCCUUUUCCAGGCUGUAAGCUUGGAGAAGAAGGGAGCUAUCAAGGAAGCUAUUCAGAAUGAUAAAAAGACAGCCGCGCAGAAGCCGACGAAGACGGCCGCCAACCGCCUCGCGGCCUCCGUUUCGUUCGUCCGAUACAUGGCAGAACGAACCGUUCAAAUCCUCUCAAGGAAGCCGUUCCUCGCGCUGUUCACACACAUGUCAACGCUGCUUGUGCACGAUGACAAGAUGUACGAGCCCGUCGCCCGCGACUACCUAAAGGCGCUUCGCAGCCUGCUGCGCUACCCACCACACCUGGAGCACCUCGACCCAGGAGGAUGGCAGACGCUGAUGGGGAUUUGCUGGUCUUCCCUUCUUGGUGAACGGGUGUCCAUAGAAGACACCUGGGCCACCAACAACAACGACGGGUUUGAAGGAACAAACUCUUCCGCUUCAAUCUCCGCGUCGGUCGCCAACGAAGUCAUUGGACUCAUCCCUGUCCUCUUAUCAAGCUCGCGAGCGCCACUCAACGCAAUACUUUCACGGGCCGGUAAUGACCAGGCAACCCUCGGUCUUCACAUCCUGCUCAAGAUCCAUGAUUACCUCGCUCAAGUUCCCCAGCAAACCACCGUCCCUCCCGAAAUUGUACGAUCACUCAACCUCGUGCUUGCCGAGCUCGAGCUCAACAACAAGGAGGGAUUCACCGCAGCGUCACUCAAACUCUUCCCCCAGCUCGCCAAUCUGUGGACUUCGCGAAACAAGGGUGAUUUGGCCCUGCGGGAGCAGCUCCUUGUCGGUAUGCGUAUCAUGCUCCCAUUCGUCACACAUCAGUCUGUGUCAGACGACCAUAAGAGCACGGUUAGGGAGUCAAUGACCAGGAUUCUUGAUUCGCUGCCCAAGGAGGCCGUCUCCAAGGGCUCCAUCAAGCCCCUCGACUUGGAUGUGCUACGAUUUGGUCCAAUAACCACCAACCCUGGCCCAUUCCAGCUGACUACCCUCACGGCUGGAUUUGGGUUCGACACCCAGCAAGCAAUCAACUGGGCCGCUAUUGAGCUGUAUGCGGCGUGCUACUACCAAACAUAUGAAUCCUUCCGAGCACCGCCAAGCACGACGCCGAGCCGAUCUGAGCGCGGCCCGUCAAAGCGACAGAGGACGGAGAACGCCCUGGCCGCACUCCUACGUACGACCACAGCCGGUCUGCAACAAACACGCCUACUGGCCUGUCAGGUCCUGGUCUUCUUCCUCGACAGGCACUGGGCCGACAUUCAGAGUGACACCCAGGCCGAGAUCCGAGACAAGCUUCUCGACCUUCUCGAUGACGAGGAAAGCUCUCUACAGGAAUGGAGCUUUGCAGGUCUCGCAACUCUCGCCCUCAUCGACGACGCCACAGACGCCACACCAACCACCUUGCUCCCAGUCACUCCUUCCGUCCUCGCCUCGCGCAGGAAGCACGAGCAAUCGGCAUGGGAGCGACUGUGGGCCCAUGCCAUCAGGAAGACAUCGGCCGAGUCGGUAUCACGCGUUGCCUGCUUCGCUGCCAAUGUCGUUUUGCAGACGUCCAAGGUCGACCACACACGCAUCCUCCGCGACGUUCACACUCUGUUGAAAAACGUCGAUAUUCAAGGACCAACCGGAGUCUUUGAAUCUGCCUGCUCGUUCCUCGCCAACUGCGUGCUGCAGGUUCGUGCCGACGUUGGACUAUAUUCGGCCAACUUGGAGGACAAGGUACUCGACUGGUUUACCAAAACGUACGCUGUGGACGCCAGCGGCCGUGCUCGCUCCCGUCUCGGAUCUGCGACUCCGGCCAACAUUAUCGCCCUCCUCGGGGCAAUCUGCAACUUUGCACCCACCACUGUCGCGGAUACAACAAUCACAGAGCACCUACCAGAGUGCACAAUCGUCAGUCAUAUGCUCAACGAGGCGGAAACGGACCCUGUUCGACGGACAAUCCUCUAUGGCACCAUGCCCGGCAUUCCCACUCCGGCAUCGGCAUCGGCAUCAGCCCCAGCCACCGUCACCCAUCCAACGGACGUAGAGAACCUUCUCUUCAUGCAGGGUCGACCCCGCAAGCUUUCCAACUCCUUGGGGCAAGCCCUUGUCACGGUGACGAAAGAAUGGCAGCACAGCGAUCGCCCAACAUUAGUGACUCCUGAGCGCCUUCGCAAGAGCAUCGACCUGGUCGUCUUGGCGUUUUUGUUCCAAGCAACCAUCCAGGCAAACGGACUUCGUCCAGACUCUGAUAAGUGUUUGGUGCCUGCCGCAGAAUUGCUGGAGAGCCUGGUUCCCCACCUUUCUCGUGAGUCGACCAACACGUCGGCCCAACUGCUGGCAUGGCGAGGAUUUGCACCACUUUACGACAUUCAGAUCGCCGAGCCGCCGACGUGGCCCAUCUUGCUCAAGCCAGAGUCAACCUCGGGCAUUCGCCGAGACAUUCUCCCACCUGAACGAUACGCCAGCUUCAUGCCUGAUGAAGAAGAACGGCCCGACCCCAAUGCCGAUCUCUUGUCCAUCCUGUGGCAGAGGCCAGAGACUUCAGCAGUCCUCGGCAAGAUCAUUCAGGCCAGCAACGCGACCUUGGCCGAGAUCCUCAAACGCUCUGCCGGUGCAGCGUCGGCGACUAUUGGCGGCGAUGACGACGACUUUGGUGCCAUCCGCAACGCGGAUAGCGAUGCCGUUCCUCAGUCCAUUGAGGCCAAGGAGGCGCAAAGAUCAACCGAGUCACUGUUGAAAGCGCUGGUCGAUUUUCGACUUCGAGGUGCCAUGUUUGCACAAUCGCCACGACGACCAAGGGGUGACAAUGCGCUCAUCAACUCAUUCUUGACCGCCGAUGCCGGCAGCUUUGUGCAGCUCGGCCUUGCAAUCUGUCAAGCGAUGCAAGACGGCAGCUUGAAAAUUACCGUGGAGGCUGUCGAUUUCAUCAUUGCCGAUAUCUGGGAACGACUGGAGACCUAUGCGUUCAAACGGGACGGCGAUCUGGUGCGGCUGGCAGUCGUGUUUCUGACAAGGACGAUUAACAUUUGGUUGUCACCUGAAUCAGGUUUGACCAAGCAGGCUAUCGAGCUUGCCCGGUUUCUUGUUGAAACAAGUGCCGAUGGCAAGGUUACAUCAUGGCCGGCUCGACUGAGCAUACUCGUCUUCAUUGACGAGUACCUCGACUACGACCCCUCCUACACGGCGUGGCAGCAACAGCUCGGGGAGACCGACGAAGCAGACGUCCAAAUGGGAGGCGUGUACCCUUUCACCUGGGGUCCUCUCACGCAUAUUCAAGACGCCCUGCUUGACGCCGACACUCGUGUCCGUUUCCGUGCUUCGUCAUCCGCAGCGGGACUUCACUACCUUCCAGACUUGUCCGAGGAGCGAAAAAAGGCCAUGUACCUCAACACCACCGCUAAGGAACCAGCGAACGGUUCCUGGGACGUCUCCUUGACCUUCCUUCUCUGGAAGCUCAACACUUGCAUCGCCAGCGCCCAGCUCCGAUCAUCAACCAUCUUUCAUCUCUACGAGAUUGCCGACUUUGCUCGUUGCAACCUUCCUUAUCUUCAACCUGGACUGGAAGCUGUCGCUCAUCGCUUGGGCCUCGAGUCGCUCAAGCCUCUUUACUCGGCCCAUGCUAAUAUCAUCGUCUUCAACCAGCUUAUCAGCGGACAGUUACCUCUCGGCCUUCCGCCGGCUGUGUACGGUUGCAGUACAAGGAAAGAAGUUGCUCAGCUUCUCCUCGACACCGUCGGCCCAAAGAUCAUGUGGGCGGGGGCCGGCGACGCCGACGUCCAAUCCAUGGCCUUUUUUACUGCGCUGUGUGAUGCUUCUUCAGUGUCCGAAGACUCGGCGCGGGGAAAGUGCUUUCCAUUAGCUGCAGCUGUCGCAACUGCUCGUACCGUGGGUUCCGAGUACGAAGAGCACAACGAGUCUCCACCCGAGAGCCAAAUGCUCCAAAAGCGCGUGGAAGAGGUCAUUUCCACCAUUCCGGUUCCCAGCGGAGCCACAGCGAUCAAUCUCGUCUCAAACAACAUUGAAACCGUCGUCGCCUCCCUGUUCACUCUCCUCAGCAUGGCUGAGACCAAUGAAAAGGUUGCGGAGACGAUUCAAGCCAUCGAUUCGCGACGUGGCACGAGUGGCUCAGGCGACGUCUUCCUUCAACUCAUGGCAUUUGGCCCCCGUGGCGGCGACGGUGCACCCCCAGUCCUCGAUCCAGCAGAGGCAAGCUAUGGCGUGCUCCGAACGCACAGUAUUCUCAGACUACUCUUCAAGUCCAUGUCCAAGAGAAAGAUGCUGUUCGACGGUCUUGUCCGCCUCUUCCAUUCAAUCCACCAAGCUUUCCUGGUCAAUGAGCAACAUCGCUACCUCCGCGCGAUCGCUGUCCUCGUGUCCUUGUACCGCAAGGAUUUGUCCAAACCAAUGGUCCUUCACCUCUUCCUCCGCAACAUGAUCGAUCUGCUCUGCAAAGAUGACAUUAGUGCCAUCGUUCUGUCCAUGCUCCAAUGGGCAUUUGACGUCGUAACCGACAGCGGGAGCGCACCGCCGCAUCUCGACGACAUUCUCAUCAGCCUCGGAUCGUCCUACGUCAAACUCAAGGCUUCACCGCGGCAUGCUGAUGUUGCCUCGCGCAUAGAGUCAUGGGUCGCGGAAAAGGCUUCGGAAUGGCAAACCUCCGAGGCGACGAAGACCACCCUACAAGGAGUGCUAAUCUUCUGGCCCAAAGAACUGUCUUCACACUACCAGAAGAUUGCGGAACCCGACUUUUCCCACCUAUCCGCCAUUGCUGAGCGCCCAAAUGUCAACGACCCAAUGACUCUGUGUAAGAGACUUGCUGCCUCUAUCUCAGGGGCCAAGGCCGAGAUGCGGACCGAGUUCCUCACCUCGACAUUCUGGCAUAUCAAGAAGCAGUUGAACGCUAGUCAGUGGGAUCGGGAUGGAGCCAUGGCCUUCCUCGACCUGCUGUACUUGGCCAACGGUGAGGUGCAUGCCCCUUCUCUGCAAGCCAUCAAGUCUCUCAAGGGACCCCUGCCGGCGGGCACCAAGCGCCAGCGCGAUAACAUGGACGCCAUGCUCAGGGUGAUGGUGAUCGACAGGGUAAUCAAGCACACGCAGGACCAAGACUACCGCCUCCGCAAGACUGCCUUUGAGGUGCUGCAAAUGAGUGUCUGUGAUCUCCAGUCAACUUCCGACCAAAUCGGCGGCCUUCCUCCGCAGCUGGAUGACGUUUUCCAAUAUUUGGUGCCCACUGCUCGCCCCCCUGCAACGGCGGAUGUCAAGAUCAAUAUCCUGGGAGACGAAACAGCAGGGUGGAUCACCAAGGCUAAGCGAUACGAGCUGUGGGCCGGAGACCUGGCUCUGCUUUUGGCGUCACUUGCGUCGGUCGACGAUCCCUUCUACGCCGGCCUGCGCCCUCUCCUCCAGACCAAGGGUAAAGAGGCAACAGACUUGCUUCCCUACCUCGUGCAAGCCACAUUGACCUGCGGAGCGACCACACACAAUGAGGAUACUGCCCAUCGAGUCAAGGUCCUGACCGACCAUUUCACACAAGUCCUCCAGUCUUUGGGUGCUGCUGUUGAAACGCUGGAAAUGAUCAUCCAGAUUGUUCUCCACUUGCGCAACUUUCAGCCGCCGUACGCCACCGGCGAGCUCUCGUACAACCAAUGGCUCAACAUCGACCCGCUCGUUCUUAGCGAGGCUGCUGGACGGUGUGGGGCAUUUGCGAGUUCCCUGCUGUUCCUCGAAAUGGCCAACGACUAUCCCCGAGACAACUCGCCGGGUUUAGAUUUGUCAGAUGCGAGGGUACAAGCGGUCAUGUACUCGGUCUACAGCAACGUCGAAGACCCUGAUGGUUUCUAUGGUAUUCAAAACAACAAUGUCAUGGACUCUCUCCUCCGUCGACUCAAGCAUGAAGGCGAAUCCUUGAGGGCCUUUGGAUACAAUGUUGCCAACUUUGAGGCUUCAUAUCCGUCCAAGGGAUCACGAGAGCCCCUGCGUGAAGCGGUUCGCAACUUUCACGACCUGGGGUUCAACAGCCUCGCGGGCAAUGUCAUCAAGGCACUGCCACGUACAGAAGCCGACUCGGGCCAAUCCUUCCUCGAACUCGCAUGGCGCAUGGGCGACUGGGAUGUCCCGCUCAACAACGACGUGGCUCAGACCUCGGAGGGCCGCUUCUACAAUGCUCUACGAUCGGUUCACCGCGAAAUGGACUACGACACUGUGCAGGCAUCCAUCGACGCGGCCGUUCAAUCAGAAAUGGCUUGCUUGCAGUCCAUUGGCAUCGAACGCAUGACAGAAAUCAAGAAGACAACCCUGAAUCUUCUCUGCCUUCGUGAUAUCGCUCGAUGGACUUCGAAGAACAUGCGGCGCUCCAUCGAUUCACGAGACUUUAAUGGCGCAAUGUUGAAUGACUAUGUGGACCUGAGCUCAUCGUUUGAGUUCCCAACUGCCGAGCGGCUUACCGCAACGCGACUGUCGAUGAUCAGGUCGGCCGCAGAGCGCGAAAGCAAGAACCAGUUUGGUGACCUGCAGUCGGACGAGCUCAAGGGCCAGAGGAGGCUCGAAGUGUCCUGUCACCUGCGGUUGAGUGAACUCGCGCGCAAGGAAGGAAGCCUCCAAGCAUCUGUGAACGCCGUCACUUCGAUUCGCCAACUCGAAAACUCGAUUCGACAAGGGACGUUCUCGGAUCAAGCCCAAGACGAGUUCAGCCAAAUGCUUUGGGCCCAAGGAGAACACUCCCUGGCAAUUCAACACAUUGCAAGCUUAUCCGCCGCUCUGACGGUUCAGUCGUCAAGCAGCAAGGUCAAGUCGACGGUGGAGGAGUACCAGCGCCGGGCUGUGCUUCUGGGACGAUCGGCCCACUGGAACUCUCUUGCCAGGCUCAAGUCUGCGGAAGAGAUCAAAACCAUGUUUACCCAGGCCACAGAUUUGGCCAACAAGGGCAAGGCUCAUGCAAAGGAGCAAGCCAAGCUCGCCCACGACUUUGCCGCGUUCGCCGAUCACCAUUAUGGCGUCUUGUCCCGAUCACCAGAGCUUGAACGUCUCAAGUCGUUUGUGGACCGCAAGCAAGAUGCCAUCCAGCGGCUAGAUGCUAGCCUGCAGGCUACCCCUGGAAGCACUCGGCACAAGAUGGACAAGGAUCAGCAAGAGCUAGAGGAAGAGCGCAAGGCCAAGCGUGACUUGGAUUUGGAGCUUCAGCGGUACUUGCAAAACUCGCUCAAGUACUACGCCGCCGCCAUCUAUCUGAGCGACGACUUCGAUGAUUCAAUCACGCGCCUGACGUCCAUUUGGCUCGAACACAGUACCAACGAGGCGGCAAUGACAUCCUUUGCCCGGUCCCUCAAUCACAUCCCCUCGCACAAGUUCAUCUUCCUUGGCCCGCAGCUCGCAGCGCGCCUCUACCGGCCCGAGACCCCCACAACGUUCAACUCCAUUCUCAACGGGCUGAUGCUGAGGUUGGGCCAGGAUCAUCCUUACCACAUCCUGUACCAAGUGAUCACCCUGGCCUACCCCUCGACGAGCUCUCGCCGAACGUCGGCUCCUGUCUCACAAGAACCCCGCGCUAGUGCGGCUGCCGAGAUCAUGGAGAAGAUCAAGAACGACACCAAGAAGACCAUGGCCCAGGAAGCUGGCAAGAACAUGACCACUUUUGCCAAUGCCGCGGUUGCGUGGUGUUACAGCGACCACGACAAAAAGGUCACUGGCGAACGCCCAAAGCCUGGGCAGAGCCUUACCAUGUCCUCUUCCAGUCUGCUCGCCCAUUGCAAAGGGCUUCCCAUCCCGGUCGCCACAGCUGUGCCUCCAGUGGACCUCACGCGCAAGUACGACCGCAUCCCAACGAUACAGGGCUAUGACCGACAGUACAAGUUGGCGGGUGGUGUCCACCGACCAGCCAUCAUGUCCGUGAUUGAUACACUGGGCCAAAAGCAUGUGCAACUGUUCAAGGGUGACGACGAAGUGCGCCAAGACGCAGUCAUGGAGCAGGUGUUCGAGUUGACGAAUCGACUGCUUCAACGGGAUCGCCGGGCAGCUGCUCGGAGCCUCACCUUCCGCACCUACACCGUCGUGCCGUUGGCGGAGCGAUCUGGUAUUAUCGAGUUUGUCGGCAACACGAUGGCUAUCGGAGAAUGGUUGAAGGACGCACACUCGCGCUACCGCAAGGGCAUUGACACGUCGCAAGAUGUUAUGCGAAAGAGCUUGGAGAAGAUCCAGAGCGUCGACUGGGCAUCGCCCAAGAUGGUUCAAGUGUACCAGGACAAGAUGGCGUCGUUCAAACCUGUCAUGCGGCAUUUCUUUACGGAGAAGCGACGCGAGCCUCUCGCAUGGUUCACCAUGCGGCUAAACUAUGCUCGCAGUGUGGCUGUGACAUCGAUUGUGGGCUACAUGGUUGGCUUGGGAGACCGCCACUGUUCCAACAUUUUGAUCGACACGGAGACUGGCGAGUUUGUGCAGAUUGACUUUGGCAUCGUAUUCGAUGAGGGCCAGAAGCUGCGUAUUCCUGAAAAGGUGCCCUUCCGCCUCACCAACGAUGUCGUCGAUGGCCUGGGCAUCUCGGGGGUGAAUGGCACGUUCCGUCGCUGCUCGGAACAGACACUUCGAGUUCUCCGUGACUCGUCGGAACUGAUUCUCACGGUUCUCGAAGUGUUCAAGCACGACCCUCUCUACUCCUGGACUGGAGACGCAGGAAAGAUGAGGCGUGCACAGGGUGGCGGCCGCGUGGACCCCGGGCAGCAAUCGACCACGGGACAGGACAAGGCCGAAAAGGUCCUGUCUCGCAUCAGGCUCAAGCUUGGCCGCACACUGAGCGUAGAGUAUGCUGUGAAUCAGCUCAUUCAGCAAGCACGUGAUGUUGAGAGCCUGGCGAAGAUAUUCAUUGGAUGGCAAUCGUGGCUGUGAGAAAGGUUGUAGGAACUAGAAACAAACACCCAGCAUUAGAUACCCGGAGGCGCUCGUCCCUUGUAGCUACACCGUGCUGUGUUAAAUGCAUAGUACACAAAGAUGGCCCAGAGGGGCACACGCGCACACGAGGAUCGCCAG